CUAAGCUACAGGACUGUUUCGCAAGCACAGACUGGAAUAUGUUCCGGGAUUCAUUCGAUUACAUUGAGGCUUUUACCACAUCAGUCACCGGCUUCAAUAAUAAGUGUUUUGACAACGUUGUCCCCACAGUGAUCGAUUUGGGAACUCUCCAGACUCGGAUGCUCUGAAGAUGGUUCAGCACCGGGUGGACCUCCUAGGGAGGUUUAUGGAGACGCUGGGCGUCCGGACAAUGGUGCUGCUGAGCCCAUCUAUGAGCGGCCACUGCUCCAUCCCCUUCCUCACGAAACACAGUGCCCAGCUCCACGGCUUCAUCCCCAUAGCCCCUGUAGGAACCCGCAACUACACCCCUCAGCAGUACCAGGGCAUCCAGGCGAGAACUGCAAUGCUGGAUGUCUGGACUCAUACUCUCUGUUCGGAGCACUGGACACCAACCUGGGGGCCCAGUCCCACAAGAACCUCAUGCAGCUCCUACACCACUCAGUCCUGAAAAUGGAUGGGGGCGCGCCCUGCCUGCUACAUGGAUAAACCUGGGGAGUUCCACCAUUCACUGUUAGACUUUCUCAAGCAAACUGGAGUGAGUGGAGAAGAAACAUUGUGGGAUAGAAGAGCGAUACAUGUUUGUGUUUGCAUGGAAGCGGAGGAGUAUUAUGCAAUUCAGAUAAAAGGAAAGUAGACCUCUGGAAUAACAGGGCAAAGGCUGCUUUGAUAUGAUAAAUUGCCCCCCCCCCCC